AUGGCGUCCCGCGCCGCCAUCCCCUUCCUGGUCGGCAUGAUGCUGCUGACCGGUGUCUGCAACACGCUCUUGACCAAGUAUCAGGUAUGCAUUGGCAUCGACCUCUUCGUUUCAUCGCUUGGCUUCCGUCCCAGAAUCCGAGAGUGCGUUGCGGGUGUGCAUGUCGGUGAUGCUGGUGAGGGUGUUGGCGGCCCCCAUCCCGGUGAAAGUGUCGACAUACAAUGCGUCCGCCACUGUGACGGCCGCGGGAGGCCGGUCCAUUUCGAGCAACCGGUGCUGCAGACGGCGCAAAUGUUCGUCGGCGAAAUGGGAUGCUGGCUCGUCGUCGCCGUCGUCUCCCUCCACCGCCGUUUCUUCUCGACUUCCGAGCCCGCCGACCGUGGCUACGAGCAGGUCGAUACGUCCGAGGAGGCGGCAGAGGCUGCCGGGAGUCGGCCGCUGCUUCACCCGGCCGCACCCUCGGUCCUCCGCGGCUACAGGGUCCUCCUUCUCUCCCUGCCCGCCUUGUGCGACAUCUGCGGCACGACCCUCAUGAACGUCGGCCUCCUUCUCGUGGCCGCAUCGAUCUACCAGAUGACCCGCGGUGCCCUCGUCCUCUUCGUCGGCCUCUUCAGCGUCCUCUUCCUCCGACGUCAUCUUCACCUGUUCCAGUGGCUCUCCCUCGUCGGCGUCGUCCUCGGCGUCGCCGUCGUCGGCCUCGCCGGAGCCAUCUGGCCGGACGAAAAGAGCGGCGCGGGCACGACGGCGGAUGCAGGGUCGGGACUGACGGACGCCGCCAGAGCAAUCAUCGGCGUCUCGCUCAUCGCCGGCGCCCAGAUAUUCACCGCCACCCAGUUCGUCCUCGAGGAGUGGAUGCUCGAGAACUCGACGAUUGAGCCGAUCCGCGUCGUCGGCUGGGAGGGCCUCUUCGGCUGCCUCGUCACCUUUCUCUUCAUGAUUGUCAUGCAUCUGCUCGUCGGCCGCACCGACGCCGGCAGGUACGGGUACUUUGACAUGGAGGAAGGUUUCCGCCAAAUGAUGCAAAGGCGCAUCUGGGUCUCGAGCGUUCUCAUCAUGAUCAGCAUCGGCGGCUUCAACUACUUUGGCCUGUCGGUGACGCGCAACGUCAGCGCCACAUCAAGGUCGACCAUUGAUACCUGCCGGACGCUGUUCAUCUGGAUCGUCUCCCUCGGGCUUGGUUGGGAGUCCUUCAAGAUGCUGCAAAUCCUCGGCUUCGCUAUGCUUGUCUACUCAACCUUUGUCUUCAACGGCAUCGUGGAGCCGCCUCUGAAGAGGCUAUGGCCCGACAGCGAGGUGGAGGAACUGCUGCCGGAAGAGCCCAUCGAACACAUGUAG